AUGAGUCUACACAUGUACAGAAAUCUCAUCUCAUUCUCUUCCAAGAACUCAAACCUUUUGGGUCUCUACAAGCCCCAUGUUUCUUUCUCUUUCUCUCUCUUCUGUUCUUCCUCUGAGCGAGAUCGACUAAACUCUAGAAUUUCCCUAUCCGACUACUUGCUUCACAAGCACCAAUUCUCUCCCGAAACUGUUUCCAAAGUUUCCUCCCCAGUGAGGUAUCUGAUAAACCCAGAAAGAUCCGAUUCGAUACUGUUAUUUCUCAAGGAGACUGGUUUUUCGAAGACCCAUCUCGAGCAAUUAAUCAAACACUACCCCAGAGUUCUCUCUGCCAAUCUUGACCACACCAUCAAGCCCAAAAUCAAAAUAUUUCAAGACUUAGGCUUCUCAUCCACCGACAUUGUCGAAAUCAUCUCAGCUGAUCCGUGGAUUCUAAUGCGCAGUGCUGAUAAUCAGCUUGGCCCUUCAAUUUUAGCUUUGAAGAGUGUCUUGGGUUCGAAUGUAGACGUUUCUAGGGUCUUGAAGAUUUCUGGGUGGUUUUUAAAACAUGAUUUGGGGAAGACUAUGAUGCCCAAUAUAGAAUUCAUGAAGAGCUGUGGAAUAAGGCAGUCACAGAUGAUCAAAUAUGUGUAUAACUUUCCGAGAUUUUUCUUGCAUAAACCCGAGACUAUUAAGGAAUUCGUUAAGCGGGUUGAUGAGUUUGGCAUUGAUAGAAGUUCCAAGACUUUUCUUCAUGCUAUCCGGGCUAUUAGUUCAAUGACUGUAGAAAAUUGGCAACUCAAAUUGGAGGUUUUCCGGGGUUUGGGGCUUUCAGAAAAUGACAUUGUGUCCGUGUUUAGGAGGGCACCUCAGGUGUUUGCUGUGUCAGUAAGGAAAAUUAAGGCGGGCACGCAGGUUCUCCUCGGUACGAGGAACUUGGAUAUCUCAUUUAUUAUUAACCACCCAAAUUUGCUUAUUUUCAGUGUUGAAAAAAGGCUUAAGCCACGGCUACAGGUUCUGAAGAUUUUAGAAAGCAAGAAUUUGCUUUUGAAAAAGCCUAGUUUGACAACAAUAUGUAAGAUCUCUGAUAAGAAGUUCUUUGAGAAAUUUGUGCGCCCUUUUUCAAAUGAAGUUGGCAAAAUGUACACUCCUAAUGUGGUAUCAUAG